GAAUAAAUAAGAAGAAAGAAGGAAAGAAAUUUUACUUUCCCUUUCGCUUCCUCGCGUUUCGCCAUCCCCUCUCUUCCUCCCUCCUACCCCUUACUCGUUAUACUAGGCAUUUUUUUUUUCUUUUUCUCUUCGAUUCAGUUCUCAAACCCAAGUAAUAGUAAAUUACGAUUCUAGGUUUUAAAUUUAAAAAUAUUUUAAAAUUCACCGAUUUCCUUUUCCAUUGCUUCCUUCUUGCUGAUGCCUUUUCCAACUUUAAAUCUAUCGAUAAUUUCGUUCCAUAUAUUCCAUCGCUCUUCAAAAGCUGUUCUUCACGAGUAUUAGCUAUAAAAGGAAAAGUUCGUGGAGAAGGGAAAAAGGAGGCUCUUUUAAUGGUGAUGAUCUCGGUCUCUGUCUCGGCCUUGUCGACGAGGAACGUGUCGCCGCCGAUGCCGAGAUCGCCGGCGAAGAGGAGGGACGGCGGCGGGGUGGAGGAGGGUGGCCGCGGCAUGGAGGCGCUCCGGCGGCGUGUGAAGCCCUUCGAGCAGGUGGGUGUGCUCGGCUUCCUCGCCUUCACCGCCGUCUUCUUGCUUCUUAUCUUCUACUUCUACUCGAGCCGCGGCGGCCUGGUAUGGCCCGUCCGGGCGGCUGCUGGCGCCGGCGGCGGUGGAGUGAAGGGAGUCUGGGGACUGGGGGUGGAGAUUGGCCGGAGCGGCGGCGGCGGAGGAGGAGGAGAAGGAGGAGGGGAGUGCGAUUGGUUCGAGGGGGAGUGGGUUUGGGACGAAAGGUAUCCGCUUUAUGAGUCCAGGGAUUGCGGGUUCUUGGAUGAGGGGUUUCGGUGCUCGGAGAAUGGGAGGAGGGAUCGGUUCUACACCAAGUGGCGGUGGCAGCCGGCGCGGUGCGAUCUACCCAGAUUCGAUGCCAAGAAGAUGCUUGAGAAGCUACGAAACAGACGACUGGUAUUUGUGGGUGACUCAAUUGGGAGGAACCAAUGGGAGUCUCUUCUCUGCAUGCUUUCUAUGGCUGUUCCUGACAAGAGCUCGAUCUACGAAGUGAAUGGCAGCCCAAUUACGAAGCACAAGGGUUUCUUGGUUUUCAGAUUCAGGGACUACAACUGCACUGUGGAGUAUUAUAGAGCCCCAUUUUUGGUGCUCCAGAGCCGCCCCCCAGCUGGAGUGAUGGAGAAGGUGAAGACCACGCUUAAAUUGGACAUCAUGGAUUGGAUGUCCACCCAGUGGAGGGAUGCUGAUGUGCUGAUCUUUAACACCGGGCACUGGUGGAACUAUGAGAAGACUGUCAGAGGAGGGUGUUAUUUCCAAGAAGGAGAGGAGGUAAAGAUGAACAUGAGUGUGGAUACUGCAUAUCAAAGAGCCAUAAAGACAUUGUUUGACUGGAUUGACCGAGAGGUCAAUAGGAACAAGACCCAGGUCAUCUUCCGCACGUAUGCUCCUGUCCAUUUCAGAGGUGGAGACUGGAAGACAGGAGGAAGCUGUCACUUGGAGAAAUUUCCAGAGUUGAGUUCUUCGCCAAUGUCCCUGAAAGACUGGGAUCAUCUGCUGAAACCAUUUAGAAAUGCGACUUCGGAGAAUUUUGCUGGGACUCGGGUGCUAGAGUUGGAUGUGCUGAAUGUCACCCAGAUGACUGCUCGAAGGAGAGAUGGCCAUUUAUCCAUAUUUUACCUUGGUCCAUCAGGUCCUGCCCCUCUCCACAGGCAGGACUGCAGUCACUGGUGCUUACCGGGGGUCCCUGAUGCAUGGAAUGAGCUGCUGUAUGCGCUCUUUUUGGAACGGGAAUCCAUGAUCUAUCAAAAUGCUUCUGCUUUGGGCAACACCAGGGUAAAGCUGGAUUCGUAAAGGUGCUAAGCUCAUCAUUGCAGAUUAAUUUUGCAUCGCAGUACUGCGAGAAAGUGCUUAAUGGAAACCUUUCCAGGUUUCCCGGGUUGAAGCCUCUUGUGGGUGGUGGCAUAUCAUUCUUGAGGGCCAAUGCCGGAUUGUUAUGAGAAUUGUUGAUACAGGCUACAAAUAUAGCAAAUAUAGAAGCAUAGGUGAUCAACAAAAUUAACUUUGUAAAUAGAAAAGUUGAUGUCUGCGAUUUUUUAUUAGAUAAAUGGCAUCAAUCUCUAUAUAGGACUGAGAAUUGUAUACAGCAGCAGGAUUUUUGGAAAGUCUGUAUUGCAGCUAAGCCUUCUGCUUUUGAAUCUCCUGGUGAGGUGUUGCAUCUACCUUUUUCCCCCUUUUUUAUAUUAAUUUUGCUCCAUCAAUUUUAAUUUGUAGCAACAUGAAGAAAAUAAUUUUGUAUGAACUUUUUUCAGAUCAUAAAGUGGAGUGUUUGUUGGUUGAAAUUGGUUGCUGUGCAUAUCAAUGGUUUGUUGGCUUGGCAUGAACAUAUCUUAGGUAGGACCUUGGUUAUAUGGUUGUCAGGUUGCAACUUUGUCCCUAUGAAGCCAAAAUCACUAGCAGCUGCUGGUUAGCCUGAUGGCAGCUUCGAGUUUGAUGUCUCGGCCUUGCAUGCUGUGAGAUGGACACGAUAAUCCGGAGUGUAAAUGUCGGCAGACAUUUUCUUGUGAGAAGCUUGAAAUGCUGAUAAAAUGUGACUCAAAUAAGAAUAGUGUUGAUGAAAUCUUAA